AAACACAAACUGACGAUUUGUAUUAAAACUUUUUGCUAUACUAAACUGUAACUUGCACAAAAUAACAAAAACAGAAAAUGUGGAUGAAAUCAAUAGUGUACUGUGCAAUUGUGAGCGUGGCUUUGGGUGCAUUAGCGCGGGGACCUUUGUAUGCUAAACCAGAUAAAUUUCAUGACCAAGAAGGUUGUUACAUUCCGGAAAUGGAUGCCAUGAUUCCCUUAAAUCAGUUGACUCCUUCCACGCACCAAUGUAUGGGAUUUCGCUGUGGAAAAGCCUUUCUUAUAUACGAGUCAUGUACAGUAGUGGAAACUGGUCCCCCGGGUAGGAUCGUCCAGGAUAGAAGUAAGCCCUACCCAGAUUGUUGCCCCAAGGUCGUCGUUUAGGAUAAUAAAGAUCAUUGUCUACCUGUUUAUUUGUAAAAUAUACGGUCUGUUUUUGUGUAAUGUCAGCUUUCCACUUUUGAAGUACACAGUAAAAAUCUUUUACUAUAAAAUAUAUGUAAGGGCAUUUUAUUUAACGUCAGCAUGUGUAGUUGACUUCAACUUGGAAACGGAAUAUCCUCAUAGUAAUUGUUUUUUCAUUUAUUUUUAUUUAUUUAUUUAUAUUCAGGUUACAUAAG